AUGGAGCUGAGUGAUGAUCCCUUCAAACCCUUGCUGGUCAUCUUGGACAGACUUUUUCAACAUGAAGAAGAAGUAGAACUCCCUGAACGAUGCCAAGAGUUCUUUGAGAAGUUUGCCCGAGAACGAGGUGAAGAACUACAAGCCUACUUGGUGAGGCAUCAAUCGAUGCUUCGAAAGCUGAAAGAGCUCCAGGUGGACAUACCACCCCUUCUUGCUGGUUGGCAUCUUUUGCAAAGGUCUGGAGUGCCGCGGUGGACCCAUGUCCAGGUCAAAGCGAUGUGCAACGGAGACAUGUCAGUUGACCGAGUCUCCAAAGCUUUGAUCCGUAUGUUUGGCGGUGACAGCAAGCCGAACGCCAAGGACUCCAUCCUCAAAGGUGAGAUUCACUACAUGGAUGCCGAGUAUGAUGACCUUGAGGACUAUGGCUUUGAUGAUGUCUAUUACCAGGAUGAUGACGCCUACCCCUAUGGCUAUGACCCUGACUAUGACGACACCAUUGAUGAGGUGGAGUACACGGGUGAAGCUGAUGAGGAUGUUCCGCAAGAACUGGAUGAAGCUUCACUUGCAGUGGAGGAUGCCUUCAUCAACUACUUGGACUCACGAAAGAAGAUGCGAGAACUCGCUCUCAGCCGAGGUUUUUACCCUGUGGUUGCCAUCGGCAUGGAUGACAAUGGUGGUGCGUUCAAGGGGCGUGGAAAAGCCUCUGGUGGAAAGGGCAAGUCAAAAGGAAAAGGAUGUGGAAAGAGCAGCGGAGGAAAAGGAAAAUCUGCUGGAAAAGGACAUCCUUUGCCUGGUGCCCGACGAUACGUUUUUGGACGUCGGCGUGCAGGUGACUCUACAUCAACUUCUUCGACGACGGCAUCUGCAAAGUCCACGACUAGUGGAAGCACGUCUCAACAUGGCCCAAGAUUCAAGCGCUACAGGCUUCCAGCCAACGGCAUCAAGGAAGUCCCUGAUGAAGUCACCAUGGUGGAGGACAACUUUGUCAGCGAGGUGAAUCAGAUCCCAGUUGAUUACACCACCCAUGAGAGCAUCAACUUUGUCAGCCAAGCUGUUGGUUGGGCUAUCAUGGACAGUGGAGCCACUCGCACAGUUUGUGGUGAAGCCAACUGGAACAAGAUCUUGGAUUACCUCAGCUUGAGGAACAUGGAGCCUGACAUCGACAAGGAGACAAAGGACUUCAGGUUUGGAGAUGGUGCCAUGGUGAGAUCGCUUUUCAGAGCGAUGAUCCCUGUCUGCGUUGGCAAGACCUGGCGACAACUAAUUGUGCACGUCCUUCCAGGACACACACCUUUGCUUUUGGCACGCCCAGAUCUUGAAUCUUGGCAGACGGUGGUGGACUAUGGAAGAAAAACUGUGAUGAUCGGUGACGUGCAGGUGAAGCCAGCGUUCACAACCAACGGGCACUACAUGAUCAACAUCUUUGACGACCUUGAGGACGUCUUGAGCUUUGCAGAGCUGGACAACAUCGACGUUUCUGUGGAGACCUUCGUGGAUUCAAUGAUCACCGAUGAGGUCUCUGACUUUGAGGCCGACCUUGACGUCGAGGUGUCAGAAAAAGAAGCGGAGGAGUUUGUCUUCGCUGCAAGCAUGAAAAGUCAACAACAUGAGCGCAAGCUCAAGUUUUGGGAAGUCUAUGUGGAUGAAGGGAACCUGAGCAAGUACCUGCAACGAGCAUACCAUGAUGUGGAGGUCAGGCAGUUCUCACUGCCAACUUGGAACUUUGAGAUGAAAGAGCAACAAGCCGCUUUUCGACGUCUUGUUGAGCAAGAAGAACCACAUCACGUCAUGGUGACGCCUGAAUGUCGUCUCUGGUCACCAAUGCAGAACUUGAACUACAGAACACCAGAGAGACGGGAACUGCUCAGAGAUCUGAGGAUCUUAGAAGAAGAGACCCACUUGACCUUUUACAAGGACAUCCACAUCGACGGCAAGCGCCUGGUCUAUGACACGACUUUUGAGAACCCUGCAGACGCAGCUUCAUUCGAAACCCCAACUUUGGACUCCAUGAAGGGCUACUUUGAAACAGUCCUGGAUCGCUGCCGCACAAAGCUGAAAGCAAGUCCUGAGGACGAGAUGUAUGUGAGAAAGCCUACAAGGUUUCGAUCAAGCUCAAGAGCGGUCUGCGAGGCGGUGAACUUGCGUUGUGAAUGCCCCCGAGGAGCUCAUGUCCAAAUGAUGGGACGCGGCUCGGUCCUCAAGAACAUGCAGAACUACGAGCCUGAACUUUGCCAACGUCUUGGCAAUGCCAUUUACUCUGCAAUGGAAAUGGCAUGGAAGAAACGAGGACAAGCUGAAUUGAUGACCAUGGAGGUCGUGGGGAAAUCGACUGAAGAAAUGCAGUACCUUGAGCAGAACAAGGAGCUCAUCAAGAUCGGUGGCCAUGAAAUCUUGAAGUCGGUGGCCAAUCUUCAUCGACAACUUGGGCAUCCCAAUGGAGCCAAGCUGGUUCUGGCGGUGAAGGCACGACACCUUCCCAAUGAAUUUGUCCAGGUGGCCCGGAGAUACAAGUGUCCGACCUGUUUGGCCAGGGGACAACCCAAGAAUGUGCGUGUGGCGACUUUGCACAAAUCCCCACACUUCAACCACUCCGUGGCCAUCGACACCUUCUAUGUGGAAUGGGACGGCAAACAGCGUGCGGUCUUCACCAUCAUGGAUGAGUUCAGUCGCUAUGAAGUUGACAUGGAGAUCAAAGAAGAGACGGCUGACAUGGAGAUAGCUCUCUUCGAGUCAACUUGGAGCCGGUCUUUUGGUUUCUCAAAGGUCUUGCGACUGGAUGCCUCUGGUCCUCAUCAAGGGCAACAAUUUGCCGAUUGGGCAUCCGCCCAUGGAAUGUACAUGGACCUGAUCCCACGAGGUGCUCAUCACAGUGAGAAAACCGAAUCUGAAUCCAAGACCACUGACAAGACUCUCUUGGAUGAAAUGGUGGCCAACAAGGACAAGAACCUGGAUGACCACACUCAAGGCAUGACCGACAUCCAGAAGGAGAUGAAACGGAAGCUGGAAGCAGAACACCCGGGCAUCAUGGACUCCUCGCAUGGGGUGAUCGACAGGCAAGAUGAUGAACCACCUGUGGACCCUGAUGAUGUGAGCGUUCGAGCCCGUGACAGACGCUUCUAUGAACAAGCAGUACGUGCUGCCAGUUUCCUGUCCCACGAGAACAAUCGACGAUUGGAUGGACUGCCUCCUUCCGGACGACAACUGCCUGCAAGUGCUGCCGCACAAGCAUCACGACCUGCUGCAACUCUGGUGUUCGAGCACGAGGGCAACAACUAUGUGGUGGAGUGCGCUGCAAAGAAGACGCACGGCUUUGACAAGAUCAUUGGGUUCUUCUUUUUCCUGGCUGUUGCCUUGGUGUUUUCGUAUACCCUGGGCAAGCGUGCUGGACGCCGAGAAGCACAUGAUCUCAUGGCCGCAACAGAGCCAACAGAGACAGCUGAGGAAGAGGUGCAAGCGCCUCAAACACCCAGAGCGAGAGCAAGGACAGACUGUCAACGCUUCACGGCUGGGGAGAUUGGUUUCCUGGUGAGCGAGGGCUACGAUGUCUGGUCCGACGAAUUGGUGGAGCAAAUCCGGCAGGACUUUCUUGCUGAGCUGCCUCCUUCAAUCGAGGAUCACCUGCCCCAAGCCGAGAUCAACAGGGUGCUGAAUGGCGAAGAGCAGGUGGCUCAGGUGCCGAUCUCAGCUGGAGAUUGGAAUGGCAUCAGCCGACAGCGCCGAGCCGAGAUGGUUCAAGCUCUGGAGGACAGUUUGCUCUUGGGUGUCCCAUACGAAGCUAUGUGUGGUGCUCUGCAGACUGAAGCCCAAGCCCUACGAGCUCAACUGGCGACCGUACGGGUCGUAGAAGGGCGCCCUUUUGAGUGGUGGCUGGCUACGAGGCGGUGUAACCGCAUCAACAACGUGGAAAACAAGAAGCUGGUCCCAUUCGACGAUCGCACUGGCGAGGACCGAUCCCUGUCAGUGGCAGUUAAAGGUAGCAUUUGCUACUUGGAUUACGGUGAGGCUCCACCAUGCAUCCAUACUAGACUAGUCCUUGCAGCUUUGGAUGAUCCGAAUGCACCUGGCGAUUUCGUAGUCUGCAGUCCAGAUUUGGACAUCUUUGUAGAAGAAUUAGAAGCUGGAAAUGUCGAUCUCACUGGUUUUUUUCCUGGUGUGGCCAAUGGUAUGCCACCUCCGGGAGUGAACCCAGCGCAUAUCUAUGGUUUCCAUACUAUGAGGCCUGCUGACUACGCAAGAUUGCUGGAAGCCGGAAGAAACGAAGCAAGUCGCGAGCGAGUUGCUCGAGGGUUGCCCCCUGUUGCAGUUGCUGUUGCUGGGCUUCCUGUUGCUGCUCCCGAUGCUGGAACUCAAGUGUGGAUCCUCGCUGAGUAUGUUGAGGGAAGGAAAAUAGGUGAACGUUUGAUACCACCAGCGGGGCACCCGAAAAGUGGGCCUUGGGGUCUGAUGGACGUUGUAGACAAGAACAAUGUGAGCAAGCCAUGUUUGAUCCAUCACAUUCUGGAGACAGACAUCCCUGCGUUCUGUGAGGAGCGUGUCCGGCUUGCACGCCUGACUGAGACCACAGAGGGCGAUGAUCGCCUGGCAGGAGAAGACGUCAGGACCCUGGAAGUGAGAUAUGGAAUGAACGGUGAAAGGCUUCGCAAUUUCAGAGAAAGCAUCAAUGAGGUUCAAGUUUGUGAGUUUGAGGACUUUCCGUUUGAGCCACGUACGGCCCUCGACUAUGCCAAGGCCAUAGCAAGCAUUGCCGAGUCUGCCACGGCUCAGCAUCACCUGUGGAUUGGCGCAUCUCGUAUUGCGGAAGGGGAGCGAAGUGUGUAUGAGGACGAGGUGUUAGCUCGUGUGUUGGACCUCGCAGUGACGUAUGACAGUCUGAACAUUGGGAACCUAGCUUGCAUGGAGCUGGUAUGCCGCAGAAGGCAGUUGAUCUCGGAUGCUCACUCCAGCAGCCUUGUUGCGCCCAGCUAUACAGGAGCGGAACACUACCUGGGACAGACCUACAAGCAUGGUGGAGGCAUCGUUGUCCCAGCCCUCACAGACUUUGUGUCAAAGAAGAUGCAGCCCAGCAGGGGCAGCCUCAAGCUCAUGAAGAUGAGUCCGGGCCCGGGUGUUGCUGCAUCGCCCAAGGGUCCCUUCAGGAGAAUGCAGCGUGCAAACUGGAGCAGCUCGGUUUUUCACAAACCCACGGGAGAUGGACGUAAACGAGAUGUCUUUCCUUUGCCAACUCUUGAAUUAGAGCCUGCGCCUCGUGGGCAAGUGUGCCGAUCGGUUGCCCAGCGAAUUCAGUCUCGUCGGGCUGUCACUUUUGAGGUGAACAAGUCCAUCAAUGCCUUGAAUUCAUUGUUUUUUGGUGGUAAUGGGCCUAGCCACGGGUCAACGGUUUCUUCACUGUGUCGCUUGCCUUCUAAUCAGAGAGCGGCCAUCGGAGAUAUCAUUGAUUCUGUGAAGCGGUUUGGUCCAAACCCCACUGGUGCAACUGGCUCAGAAGCCCUAGGGGCGCUUCGAGCGGCCUCGUCUGGAUAUGAUGAUGCUGGACUAGGCGUUGGUGAUGUGGUGCCCCUCAACCUUGAUCAUCUCUCUCUGCCGGAAGGCUUGAAGUCAGGGGUGGAUUUGUUGGGGGCGCUGGAUGACAGUGUUCGUUGUGUUGUGGAGGAUUUUGAGGAGCACAUGUUGCAGGAUGCUGAUGUUUGGACAUGGAUCUCCAGAAAUGCUCAAAAGCUAGUCCCUUAUGACGACCCAUCGCUUCGAUCGAAAGGCAAGUACCUGGAGUUCCUGCGAGAGUUGCGCGACCGUGGAAUUCUUGGCUUCACUCAGGACUGCCGCGGAAGGCAUAUUCAUGAGCAGUCAGUGUUGCGGAGCCUGCAAAUUCCGCGGGAUAACAUCAUAUUGGAGGGACAGCCAGCACCGACAGUCAGAGACAGCGAAGUCUUGAGCAUGCCCUAUUGCGACAAUAUUCACACACUCUGCACAGAUCCAGAUAUUUGCAACAGUAGCAAGUGUUUGAUUUCCCGUGACUUGGAGGAGCUGGGCUUCCAGCUACAUGAGGAUGAGCCAGCAUCCACUCUUUUCGAGACUUUGGGAGGAGUGGUUGAUGGGUCCAGGGGAGAGGUGAGGGCCACAGCGCAACGUGCAUGGCGAAUCAAAUUGGCCUUUGAACAUGUUCUCACUAUUCCUGUUUCUGGCAAGACUAUUCAGAAGCUGCUAGGUCAUGCAAUGUUCUUGUGUGUUCUCAAUCGUUGUGGUAUGAGUAUUUUUCGAUCUCUUUACGAUUUUGUUGAACGACAUUCAGAGGCUGGUGGUAAGUAUUGGCUACAAGGUAGAGAGGUUGAAGAGUGCAAGGUUUUUUCUGGCCUUAUUCCAUUGCUUUACAGUAGUUUGCGGAGGCAUUGGAGCCCAACAGUCACUUGUACCGAUGCUUCGCCUGCUGGCUAUGGGGUUUGUGAGACAGUUUUGGACCCCAAAGAUGUCAGCGACAUUGGCAGGUGGCACGAGAAGUGGCGCUUCAAGCGGCUGAAGCCGGAGCAUUGGAACCCUAGGAGACGAGCAGGGGGGCUGGAUGUGUUGGGGGAUCCCUCUUCUGUUUUGGGGGUCGAUGAGGAGGAGCGUCUUUUAGAUCAAUAUGUGGUUGAUAAGGACUUCCCUGAAGUUAACCCAAAAUUUUUGGAUCCCAACGGGUGGCAGACAAAAUUGAUGGGCAAAUGGAACAACACCACUGAGCACAUUACAAUCAAGGAAGGGCGGGCUCUGGUUCUGGCUUUUAGGCGGCUUUGUAGGGCUGGUCAUUCCAGAGGAAAGAGGCAUCUUUUUCUUUGUGACAAUCUUUCAUUGGUUUUUGCAGCAAACAAGGGUAGGGCACACAGCUAUGACAUGCUUCGCAUUACACAGCAGUUGAGCGCACUGUCCCUAGCCGGUGGUUUCAGCUAUAGAGAUGGAUUCCAUCAGAGCACAAUACCGCUGAUGGCCCCUCGCGCGGGCAAGUCCGUGCGGGUUCUUUCCAACCCUUCCCAUGUGGCACCACUGAAGCGGAGGGGGCCUGCGAGAUUGUUGAGCAGCCCACCGCCGCAGAAGAGCUUCCCAAUGAAACACGUUGUGAAGACUUGCGAGAAGAAGAAGGCCAAACCGGCCAUUCGAGUGAUGAGGAGCGCAAGCGUGAAGUCGAGACCACCACCUCGUCGAAGGGGCAGGAUGACUAUUCUGGAAGAAAGGUCAGUCAGUGCCGAGGUCCAGCACCAGUACCACAAGUAUUUCGCAAUGUUCGAGAAUUUCUGCCAAACUUCAGGAAUAAGCUGGCCCCCAGGAGACCAGGUAGACCUCGCCCUAGCGGACUUCCUAGACGUGAUGUUCGUGGAGGGCCGGUCAGCCAACGAGGGGGAGAAGGUCGUGGCAUCAGUGGAAUACCAUUUGCUGGAGUCAAAGGGUACUCUGGCGCACAGCCGUCGGGCCUUGAGGGGUUGGCGCAAAGAGAAGCCGCCUCAGAGCAGGCUGCCUCUUCCUGCAUUGUUGGCAGAGGGCAUGGCAAUGGUACUAUUAGGUCAAGGGAGGCGACUCAAAGCAAUCAAGCUGCUGGUGGAUCACGACACGUAUCUGCGUCCUGGAGAAUCCAUAGAUCUCAGAGGAAAGGGCCUGGUUGUUCCCAUCAUGGGUGGUGGUCAGCAGUAUCGUCACUACAACCUCGUGGUGAGGGACGCCGAGGCUGGAAAGCCAGACAAGGUGGGAGUGUACGACAACAAUGUGCCUUUCAACACACCGGGCAAGGAAUACCUCGGGCAGAUCCUGCAUCAGCACGUGGCUCAGUUGAACAAACCAGAGGACAAGAUCUACAACUUCAGCUCUGCAGACUUUCGAAAAGAUUUUGCGGAGGCUGGAAAGAUUUUAGGCAUUUCAGGGCUGCACCCAUAUCAGCUUCGUCACGGAGGGGCAGCCGAGCAGCUGCAUUCAGGUGUGAGGGACCAUGCGGCCGUGAAGGCACGGGGUCGCUGGCACACCGACCAGUCUGUGAGACGCUACACCAAGACAGGGAAGAUUCAGCAGCUCCUCUCCAAGUUGUCACCCGUCAGCUUGGAGUUCUGUCGGUGGUCGAAGCGAAACAUGGAACAGGUCCUGAGGGGAAGUAUCCGUCCUCGAGUGCCUCUUUAG